AUGGGUCUCUCUUGUGCAUGCAAGCUACUCAUAGUCCUCGUGGUUACUGCUUACGUCUUCUCCGGGACUGCGGAAGCAUGGAGUUGGAGUCUGGCUUCCGUCAACUCUAGAAGCGGUUCUUCUGGUUCGAGAUCAGAUCCGCACUCGGGCUCAAACCACUCUAGCGGUAAUGGCUCUACACACAAGAGUCACAAAUCGGGCUCAAACCACUCAACUAGCCAUGGCCACCACAACCACACGGCUCCAUCAAAACAUUCAAGCCACCAGACGGCUCCACUAAACCAUUCAAGCGGCACUGGCUCUACUAGCAACAGCCACCACCACAAACACACGGCUCCGUUAUCACCUCGAAGAAACAUUGUGGUUACAGUUUGGAAGAAGGGAUUCAAAUACCAAGAAUGGGUUGCAAAGAAUUCUCCUUUCUACAUCAACGACGUUCUUGUUUUCAAGUACAACAGCAACAACAAGGAGAACAAUGUUUACUUGCUCCAAGAUUUAAGGAGCUACGUGAGAUGCGAUGUGAAGAAAGGAAAGAAGCUAGUCGCAAGAGGAGGCUCAUCAGGAGGGUUCAAGUUGCUUCUCCAAAGGACGCAGACUUAUUACUUCGCCAGGCUGCAACCACACCAAGAUGCAGUUCGCCCUCAACCUAUGGUCAAGACCAUAAUAACUCCAAAUUCUUUAAACUUUCUAAACUUGUAUUUUUCUUUUAAACUUUGA